UCGUCGCGGACUUUUAUUUUGAAGAGGUGUGAAGGGCAGGGCGCUGACUUCCGCCUGGCCGCAGACAGCAGGCGCUGAGAUCAGGGCGGAUUCACCGAGUCUGUAGAAACAUGGACAGUCAAGGCAGGAAAGUGGUGGUGUGUGACAACGGGACCGGGUUUGUGAAGUGUGGAUAUGCCGGCUCUAAUUUCCCGGAGCACAUUUUCCCGGCUCUGGUGGGGAGACCGAUCAUCCGCUCCACAGCCAAAGUGGGAAACAUCGAGAUCAAGGACCUGAUGGUGGGCGACGAGGCGAGCGAGCUGCGCUCCAUGCUGGAGGUGAACUACCCGAUGGAGAACGGGAUCGUGAGGAACUGGGAUGAUAUGAAGCACCUGUGGGACUACACUUUCGGCCCUGAGAAGCUCAACAUCGACUCCCAGAACUGCAAGAUCCUGCUCACAGAGCCGCCCAUGAACCCCACCAAGAACCGAGAGAAGAUCAUCGAGGUGAUGUUUGAGACCUAUCAGUUCUCAGGCGUUUAUAUCGCCAUCCAGGCCGUGCUCACUCUGUACGCUCAAGGUAAUGCAACUUUUAAUGAUGGGCGUGCUCACUCUGUACCCCGGUAUGAAGGUUUAUUCUAUCUCACGCGUCGUCUGGACAUCGCUGGACGGGACAUUACACGCUACCUCAUCAAGGCCCUGUUGUUGAGAGGUUAUGCCUUCAAUCACUCGGCGGACUUCGAGACGGUGAGGAUGAUGAAGGAGAAGCUGUGUUACGUGGGCUAUAACAUCGAGCAGGAGCAGAAGCUUGCGCUGGAGACCACCGUGCUGGUGGAGUCCUACACGCUGCCGGACGGUAGGGUGAUUAAAGUGGGCGGCGAGCGGUUCGAGGCUCCGGAGGCUCUGUUCCAGCCUCACCUCAUUAACGUGGAGGGAGUGGGUGUGGCUGAACUGCUCUUCAACACCAUCCAGGCAGCCGACAUCGAUACCAGGUCUGAGUUUUACAAACACAUUGUUUUGUCGGGCGGUUCUACGAUGUAUCCUGGUCUGCCGUCACGUCUGGAGCGGGAGCUCAAGCAGCUCUACCUGGAGAGAGUCCUGAAGGGAGACGUCGACAAGCUCUCGAAGUUUAAGAUCCGCAUCGAGGAUCCUCCACGCCGUAAACACAUGGUGUUUUUGGGCGGAGCGGUGCUAGCCGACAUCAUGAAGGACAAAGACAACUUCUGGAUGACCAGAGAGGAGUACCAGGAGAAGGGCACACGUGUUCUGGAGAAGCUGGGGGUCACCGUUAGAUAAAUCACACACACACAUAUAUAUAUAUAUACACACACAUACACAUGCACACACAACAUUGCACUCACACUCCCAAUCACAGGGCAUUUUGGCAGCGUAAACACACAGAGGUUUUCUUCAGUUUAUGAGGAAAUACUUGAGAACAACGGUAUUCAAAUACUUGAACUUCUUUACAAUCCAAAAAAAAGUGCAUAAUGUUUGUACGACAUUCCAAAUGUAAAGAUUCAUAUCAGCACUGCACAGCACGAGACAGAAAUUGAAUGAAACCGAUUGAUUUGCUCAAAUAUUUA